UCACUGAACCCUGUGACGUGCUGCGUCUCAACUGGAAGGCUGCGCCACCACCUUGCUCCACCGUCCACGAACCUUCAAAGAAUAUCAAUGGCUUACAGACGUUGCCUCUUGAUAAGAGGGAACCUCAUAGAUCGGAGGUGCCACCCAUCUUUCAGUUAUGUUCUUCAUAGUGAUGAAGGGAAGCGUGAAUGCCAAGAUGAAAAAUCUUCUUCAGCGGGCAUUAGUAAUUUUAUCCAAAGAAGGUCCUUUGGGAGCUCUCUUAAUGGAUCAGUGGGGUUUCUUGCCUCUUCUCAAGAUAGAAUUCUUUCAAACAGUUUCCUUUCUCCGCCCGCUGGAUAUAAUUUCUGCCGAUAUAUGUCGACAGUGAAUCAGGGUUCAGAUAAUAUUGACUUAAUGACUGAUGUAGCAGAUGUUCUCACUGACUCAACCUUGGAGGCUGUAGCUUCUCAGGCUCCCAUUGUUAAUGAAGUUGCAAUUGCUGCUGCUGAUUCUGCUUUGCCUGUAAAGGUUUUGCAGUAUGUGAUAGAUGGUGUACAUUGCUACACUGGCUUAAAUUGGUGGGCAGCCAUAGCUCUAACAACUCUCGUCAUUCGAAGCGCAACUGUUCCACUCUUAAUAAAUCAACUUAAGGCCACUUCUAAACUUACGCUAAUGAGGCCUCACAUGGAAGAGAUAAAGCAACAGAUGGAAGAGAGGGCUAUGGAUCCCAAUGCAGCUGCUGAAGGUCAGAAGCAAAUGAAGAAGCUAUUUAAGGAAUAUGGUGUGAGUCCAUUUACGCCACUGAAGGGGCUCUUUAUUCAAGGUCCUAUCUUUGUUAGUUUUUUUCUUGCGAUAUCAAACAUGGCUGAAAAAGUGCCAUCAUUCAAGCAUGGCGGAGCUUACUGGUUUAUUGAUCUCACAACUCCAGAUACCCUAUACAUUUUACCAGUUUUGACUUCAUUAUCAUUCUUAAUAACAGUAGAGUGUAAUAUGCAAGAAGGGAUGGAAGGAAAUCCUGUGGCUGCCACCAUGAAAAAUGUAUCUAGGGGUCUUGCUGUUCUUACAGUUCCUUUCACCAUGGGAUUUCCGAAGGCUAUCUUUUGUUACUGGAUUACAUCAAAUUUGUUUUCACUUGUGUAUGGACUUGUGCUUAAAGUUCCUGGUGUAAAGAAAACUUUGGGUCUUCCUGAAAUGCCUGCCGCAGCGCCCGCAGCCCCCGCCAGUGCUCCACAAUCUCCCUUUUCUAUAUUUCCAGCACUAAAACAAGCUACAUCAACGACAAAUGGGCCAAGCUCAAUACCAGAUGAACCAUCAAAACAUUCAAAUAAAAAGAUUUCUUCUACUGCUGUUAUCAGUCAAAGGCUUAGAAGUUUAGAGAAACAAGUGAAAGGAAGAAAGCCAAACAAGAAGAGGUGAGGAAAAUUUUCAUGUUGCUUAUUUAUGCCAUGCCAUCUAUACGUAUGGGGCAAAUGUGUUCAGAUUCUAUUAUAUCCUCGCAUGAGGUGAAAAUUAGGAGUUUAUUCAACAUAGAGAGGGGAGAGGGAAUAAAUUUUUGUCCUAUGGAUUUAUUAUGUUGCUAGUAAUUUUUUGCUGAGGAAAUUCAGACUUUUGUUUAGCGUGUAGUCUACACUUUGAUUCAUAGGUUUCUAAAUUCUCUUUUGUAGAACUUGGUCGUUAUCACUUAUCACAAAGGGUGACCUAUAUAAUUUCAUUUUUCUUUUAAUC